GUGGAAUUUCUUGAUCUGUGACCACCCAAGGUGGAGAUGGAGGACCGCUGCUACCCCAUCAUCUUCCCGGACAAGAGGAACUGGCCCUUCACGGCCGACUCCCUGGCGGCCAUUGAGCGGCUCGCUGUCCAGAAGGAGAAGGAGAAGCGAGGCGAGCAGCUGGGGCCCGAGACGCCGCUCCGCCCGCAGCUCGACCUCAAGGCCUCCCGGAGGCUGCCCAAGCUCUACGGUGACAUCCCCCGCGAGCUGGUGGCCCAGCCCCUGGAGGACCUGGACCCCUUCUACCGGAACCACAAGACAUUCAUGGUACUGAACAAGAAGAGGACCAUCUACCGGUUCAGCGCCAAGCGGGCCUUGUUUAUCCUGGGCCCGUUCCACCCGAUCAGAAGCCUCGCUAUCAAAAUCUCCGUCCAUUCUUUGUUCAGUAUGUUCAUCAUAUGUACAGUGAUCAUCAACUGUGUGUUCAUGGCUCUCUCCAGGGACAAAACCCCAGACACCUCUAGUGCCCGAAUACAUCUCAUGGGAAUUUACAGUUUCGAAGCUGUAAUAAAAAUAUUAGCCAGAGGUUUUAUCCUGGAUGAAUUCUCGUUUCUCCGAGACCCGUGGAACUGGUUGGAUUCCAUUGUCAUUGGAACAGCGAUUGUUGCCUUCCAGACCCCUCUGACCCCGGUUCGGACCUUUCGUGUUUUCAGAGCUUUGAAAGCCAUUUCAGUAGUGUCAGGCCUGAAGGUCAUCGUGGGGGCUUUGCUGCGCUCGGUGAAGAAGCUGGUCGAUGUGAUGGUGCUCACCUUGUUCUGUCUUAGCAUCUUCGCCCUGGUAGGUCAGCAGCUCUUCAUGGGGAAUUUGAACCAGAAGUGUGUCAAAGACAGCUGUAUCAAUACUACUGACUGGAACACGAAUGAGUCUUGCUUUGUGAAAGAAAACAAGAGCAAAGAUUUCAUAAUGUGUGGCCACUGGCUUGGUAGCAGAUCUUGUCCCAGUAAUUCGAAAUGCAAUAAAACCCAAAUAAAUCCUGACCAUGGCUUCACGAAUUUUGACAACUUCGGGUGGUCUUUCCUCGCUAUGUUCCGGCUCAUGACCCAAGAUUCGUGGGAGAAACUUUACAGACAGACGCUGCGCACCUCGGGGCUGUACUACGUGUUCUUCUUCAUGAUGGUCAUCCUGUUGGGCUCCUUCUACCUGCUGAACUUGACGCUGGCCGUGGUCACCAUGGCCUACGAGGAACAGAACAGAAACGUGGCCGCCGAGACCGAGGCCAAGGAGAAAAUGUUCCAGGAGGCUCAGCAGCUGCUCCGGGAGGAGAAGGAGGCUCUGGUUGCUAUGGGAAUGGACCGGACAUCACUGAAUUCCCUUCAAGCAUCAUCCUUUUCCCCCACAAAAAGGAAGUUCUUUGGCAAGAAGAAAAGGAAAUCGUUCUUUUUAAAGCAAGCUAGAAAAGACAAUGCUCCAGGAUCCGACUCUGAGGAGGAAUCUCCCAGAAAUUCACAUCUUCUCCAGCAAACCAAGCGGCUGUCCCAGAAUUUGCCCAUGGAUCUGUUUGAUGAACACGCGGACCCCCUGCAAAGGCAGAGAGCACUGAGCGCUGUCAGCAUUCUUACCAUCACCAUACAAGAAAAAGAAAAAUCCCAGGAGCCUUGUCUCCCUUGUGGGGAAAACAUGGCGUCCAGGUACCUGGUAUGGAACUGUAGCCCCCGCUGGCUGUGCAUCAAGAAGGUGCUGAGGAUCAUCAUGCUGGACCCCUUCACCGAGCUGGCCAUCACUCUCUGCAUCGUCACCAACACCGUGUUCCUAGCCAUGGAGAACCACCAGAUGGAGGAGAAUCUCCAGACCAUCCUGAGAACGGGCAACUGGGUUUUCACCGGCAUUUUCAUCGUGGAGAUGUUCCUAAAGAUCAUUGCACUCGAUCCCUACCACUACUUCCGCCAUGGCUGGAACAUCUUCGACUGCAUUGUUGCUCUUCUGAGCUUUGUUGAUGUCAUGAUCAAUCUCUCCAAUCAAAGCUGGUCUUUCCUUCGAUCUUUCAGAGUGUUAAGGGUCUUCAAGUUAGCCAAGUCCUGGCCCACUUUAAACAUAUUGAUCAAGAUUAUCGGCCACUCGGUGGGAGCGCUGGGCAAUCUGACCGUGGUCCUGGCCAUCGUGGUGUUUAUUUUCUCAGUGGUGGGCAUGCAGCUUUUUGGCAAUAACUUUGGUGCCCUGAAGGUGGGAAAAUUCUGCACCGAGAAGGACUAUUCGUGCUACCGGCGCUGGCACAUGGGAGACUUCUACCAUUCCUUCCUGGUGGUGUUCCGCAUCCUAUGCGGGGAGUGGAUCGAGAACAUGUGGGAAUGUAUGCGCACGCACCCUAACAACAACCAGCCGGUCUGCAUCAUUGUCUUCGUGUCCAUCAUGGUGAUAGGAAAACUUGUGGUGCUCAACCUCUUCAUCGCAUUACUGCUCAAUUCCUUCAGCAACGAGGAGAGGUACGGACAUCCAGAUGGGGAGGCCAGGAAGACCAAAGUCCAGCUGGCCAUGGACCGGUUCCGGCGGGCCUUUGCUUUUCUGAUCCGCACUCUUGAGCAUUUCUUCUGCAAGGCAUGCCGGAGGCAACGUUUACCCCAGCCAGGAGAGACGACAGAAAACUACGUUGCUGAGAACAAAGAUAGGAAUCCUUUGGUCACCAAGAUGAAAAAAGGAGGAUUAAAGUCCUGGGAGGAACUUGAUGGCUUCACACCAGCCCGGAAGACCUCAGGCCCAGAGUACGAUCGGAUUCGACUGGCCCCACUCGCAGAGGAAGAAGUGGAUGUCGAAGAUUCAGAUAGAGAUAAUGCCUUGUCCACCACUGUGCAAUCUGAGGCUGAACGACAGGCCUGUGGUCCCACUGAGGAGACCAAAGUGCCGUCCAGCCCAGGAGAACUUGCUGUGGAAAUGGACGUGUUUCCCGAAGAAGAUGCAACUGUGGCCAUACAGAACCUACGGAAGAAGUCCGACGCUGUCAGCGUGCUCUCCGAGUGCAGCACGGUGGAUCUACACCACGGCAUGGGGACUUUACCGAGAAUGGCUCCCCCCAAAAAGCAGCCGCAGAGAUGUCUGCCCAAAGGUCUCAGCUGGUGCUUCCGCUGCUGUGGCCGACGCAAGGGCGGCUCGCCCUGGACGGUGUGGUGGAGCCUGCGGAAAACCUGCUACCAAAUCGUGAAGCACAGCUGGUUCGAGAGCUUCAUCAUCUUCGUGAUCCUGCUGAGCAGUGGCACUCUGGUGUUCGAGGACGUCAACCUCAACAAGCAAGGGAAGAUCCAGGAGUUCCUCAACUGCACGGACAACAUUUUCACCUUCAUCUUCAUCUUGGAGAUGGGUCUCAAGUGGGUGGCCUUCGGAUUCGGCAAGUAUUUUACCAGUGCCUGGUGCUGGCUGGAUUUCAUCAUUGUGAUCGUGUCUGUGGUGAGUCUCAUCGAUUUAAAGAGCUGGAGAUCUUUCCGGACCCUCCGAGCGCUCAGGCCCUUGCGGGCGCUGUCUCAGUUUGAAGGAAUGAAGGUGGUGGUCAACGCGCUCAUCGGCGCCAUACCGGCGAUUCUGAACGUGCUGCUCGUGUGUCUCAUUUUCUGGCUCAUAUUUUGCAUCCUGGGAGUCAACUUCUUUUCCGGAAAGUUUGGGAGGUGCAUUAACGGCACAGAUAUAAACCAAUACAUAAAUUCCACCGACGUUGCCAACCGUACCCAGUGUGAGAACAGCAGCUACCAAUGGAGGAACCCCCCCGUGAACUUCGACAACGUGGGGAUGGCCUACCUUGCGCUGCUCCAGGUGGCCACCUACAAGGGCUGGUUGGACAUCAUGGAUGCUGCUGUUGACUCUCAAGGGAAAGAACAGCAGCCGAAGUUUGAGGCGAAUGUGUACGCUUACAUUUACUUCGUGGUGUUUAUCAUCUUCGGCUCCUUCUUCACCCUCAACCUCUUCAUUGGCGUCAUCAUCGACAACUUCAACCAACAGCAGAAAAAGCUAGGUGGCCAGGACAUUUUUAUGACAGAAGAGCAGAAGAAAUACUAUAAUGCAAUGAAAAAGUUAGGAACCAAAAAGCCUCAAAAACCCAUCCCAAGGCCGCUGAACCCAUGUCAAGGCUUCGUGUUUGACGUGGUCACCCACAAGGUGUUCGACGUCAUCAUCAUGACCCUCAUUGUCCUCAACAUGAUAAUCAUGAUGGUGGAGUCCAACAACCAGCCCCACACCAAAGUGGUCCUCGACCACCUCAAUACGGCCUUUGUGGUCAUCUUCACCAUCGAGUGUCUCGUCAAAAUCUUCGCUCUGAGGCAGUACUACUUCACCAAUGGCUGGAACUUAUUUGAUUGUGUGGUCGUGGUCCUUUCUAUUAUUAGCACGCUGGUCUCCUAUCUGGAGCGCCACGAUUCCCUUCCUCCGAUGCUCUUCCGAAUCAUCCGCCUGGCCCGCAUCGGCCGCAUCCUCAGGCUGGUCCGAGGGGCCCGGGGGAUUCGAACCCUGCUCUUCGCCCUCAUGAUGUCCCUGCCUUCCUUGUUCAACAUCGGCCUGCUGCUCUUCCUGGUCAUGUUCAUCUACGCCAUCUUCGGCAUGAACUGGUUCUCGCAGGUGCCCAGGGCCUCGGGCCUGGAUGACAUCUUCAACUUCGAGACCUUCGCCGGCAGCAUGCUGUGUCUCUUCCAGAUCACCACGUCGGCCGGCUGGGACGGCCUCCUGGACCCCAUGCUGAGCAGCUCGGCGGUGGGGGACCCCGAUCGCCGUCACCUCCGCCUUGUGGCCAUCGUCUACUUCGUCAGCUACAUCAUCAUCAGCUUCCUCAUCGUGGUCAACAUGUACAUCGCCGUCAUCCUGGAGAACUUCAACACGGCCACCGAGGAGAGCACGGAGCCCCUGGGCGAGGACGACUUCGACCUCUUCUACGAGCUCUGGGAGAAGUUCGACCCCGAGGCCACGCAGUUCAUCUCUUACUCGGCCCUGUCCGACUUCGCCGACGCCCUCCCAGAGCCCUUGCGGGUGGCCAAGCCCAACAAGUUCCAGUUCCUGGUGAUGGAUCUGCCCCUGGUGAGUGGAGACCGUCUGCACUGCAUGGAUGUUCUCUUCGCCUUCACCACCCGGGUGCUGGGGGACUCCGGGGGCCUGGAUACCAUGAAGGCCAUGAUGGAGGAGAAGUUCAUGGAGGCCAAUCCCUCCCGCCAGCUCUACGAGCCCAUCGUCAGCACCACCAAGAGGAGGGAGGAGGAGCAGGGGGCCGCUGUCAUCCAGAAAGCCUACCGCAAGCACCUGCUCAGGGCGGCCUCCCAGGUCCGGCCUCCCUCCCCGGCCUCCGCCGCCGCCGUCGCCCUCUGCAAUGGAGAGCUGCCCCACGUGGAGCCGGCCAGGGGCAAAGUUCACUACGACUGA